AUGUCUCUUGAUCACUUUAUCCGCUUGGCCGAUAGUAUAGUCGAAUUUGAGGCCGAUUAUAAUGAGAAUCGUUAUCCAAUCAAUUCUCUUCAUGCGUUAGAAAUCCACAGGCAGGAAAUAAAGUCCACAUGGGUACGUCUUAAGGCGGCUUAUGAAAAAUUUUUGUUCGAUAAGGACAACGAAGAUGAUACGGAUCCCGGGGAAUCGGAUGAUAUAGAAGCAUUUAAAGACAAAUACAAAAGUACUUAUGUUACUUAUUGUAAUAUAUUGAUAAAACUAUCCGAGCUGACCGAUGCUCUUCGGGAUCAGUCGCGUGAGAAAUCUGACACAAGUCCGAUCAAUUCCCAGUUUUUCCCAGUCCAGCCUGUAUCUUCCCAGCCUUCGCAUAGCUUUCACCUUCCUCCGUGUGAGAUAGAGACCUUCCAUGGUAAUUAUGAAUCAUGGCCGACUUUCCGUGAUCUAUUCACAGCCAUGUUCAUACAGAAUUCCACAUUAAGCCCUGUUGAGAAGCUUUUCCAUUUGACUCAGAAGACUAAAGGAGAAGCAAGGGAGAUUGUUAAGAAGAGUCCUUUAACAAAUCAGGGUUUUGAUUUAGCCUGGGCAAAUCUGACAGAACGAUUUGAGAAUCGUCGGGUCCAAGUUAACGGACAACUUCGAAUCCUAUUUAAUCUCCCUAGCAUAACUUCUGAAUCGGCAAAAGCUAUUCAACAUUUGCAAAGGGACAUAAACUCUUGUAUUUCCAUAUUACGACUCCAUCGCAUAGACGUUGACAGCUGGGACCCUAUUUUUGUUUUCUUGUGUUCCAAUAAGCUUCCUGAUUCAACUUUGACUCUAUGGGAACAAGGCUUAAAGGAUAAAACGUCGAUUCCAAAAUGGUCCGAUUUAGAUUUAUUCCUGACCAAUCGAUACAGGACUUUGAAAUCCGUAUCCGAAAUACGUUCCGCUACAUCCAAGCCUACCGAGUCCAAACCUAAAAAGGUGAAUCGUCCAUCCAAAGUUGUUAAUGCUUUUCAAAAUAACGUGUCCCAGCCUAAAUGUCAACUAUGUACCAAUGAGUUUCAUCCAAUACGAAAAUGUCCGAAGUUUUUGCAAAUGGGCCAUUCUCAGCGCCUCAGUGAGAUUAAAAAACUUAGCUUAUGUCUCAAUUGCUUUUCCAAAACGCAUUCCGUUAAAAACUGCAACAGCAAAAUCAAUUGCUUCCGUUGCCAUAAAAGGCACAAUACCUUACUCCACAAAGAAACCGAAGUUUCCACUUCAUUACCGGGCCCUAGUACAAGCGCCAAUUCCAACCUUAAUCCAAAUUCAGCACCAUUUGUAACUAGUUCGAAUUCAAUUACUAUACAGUCCGCUCCUACUUCGGAUGCUGAAGUUGUUACAUCUUGUUUUACAGUAAAUUCCACUGGCGUUUUACUAGGCACUGCAAUGAUUGAAAUUUGUUACUUGGAUAAUAGAUACCCUGCUCGAGCGUUAAUAGACUCAGGUUCCGAAGGUUCUUUUAUUUCGGAAAGGUUGUUUAAUCUACUGAAACUUCCUUCAACUCGCACUAAUGCUCAAGUUUCUGGACUAAAUAACACAAUAUCCGCUAGUGUUGAUAAACAAUGUUCAUUCGUGAUUAGUUCCAUUCUCAAUCCAGAUAUAAAGCUGCUCGUUACAGCUUUAGUAGUUCCACAACUUUCUGGUAGUCUUCCUUCCAAGACUUUUGAUCGCUCACUCUUUUCCAAACUUCCUCCAAUCCAGUUAGCUGAUCCACAUUUCCAUACAAGUUCGAAAGUGGAUAUUCUCAUUGGUGGUGAUGUAUUCCCUUCGAUUAUGCGAUCUGGUGUAAAGCAUAAUGUUUGCGGUUCACUAAUGGCGCAAGAAACUAUCUUUGGGUGGAUUCUAACUGGUCCUUUGUCCAAUAUCUCUUCUCCCAGUUGUUCCUUAGUUUCCUAUUUCUGUGAAAUCUCUUUAGACAAAGAGAUUUCACGUUUUUGGGAGGUGGAGAAUCUUCCAAGGAAGAACUUUACUUCAUCAUCUGAUAAAUUUUGUGACGAUCUUUUUACAAAAACUACCAGAAGAGCUAAAGAUGGUCGGUAUAUUGUUUCUCUUCCAUUUAAGGAUGGCUAUCCUGAGAAACUUAGUUUAGACCAAUCUCGAAAUAGUGCUAUGGCACAAUUUCUACGAAAUGAGGUUCGGCUACUUCGUUCACCUGACUUGAAAUCCAUUUAUGACAACGUGGUUGAAGAAUAUAUUGAUUUGGAUCAUAUGUUCAAAGUUUCACCGCCACACAAUUCCAAAAUUUGUCCAUAUUACCUACCACAUCACGCUGUCAUAAAACCUGAAAGCACUACAACAAAGGUACGCGUUGUUUUUAAUGCGUCAUCUCCAUCUUCUAAUGGAAUAACGCAAAUUACUGAUCCAAAACUGUGGAAUCAUGUCAACUCAGAGUCCAAUCCUGCAGAUUUAGCUAGUCGUGGAGUUUAUCCAAAAGUCUUUGGUGGUUUGGUCCUGAUUGGUUAA